CUAUCAAUGCACAAUCGUCAUGGCUGCACGCUUUUCCCCGCACAACUAUUGUUGCCCGCUCAUGGACCUGCAGUCCAAAUGUCGCUGUCCCCCUUUUCUCAUAAAAUACUCACCGCCCUCCAUCUUUUUCCUUCGAAUUUCCCAUUUUCUUUCCGUUCUUUUGGCACCAUAAUUUCGUUUUCCUGUUUCUGAUGACGCAUUUCCCGAUUCGAGCACGUUCAUCCCAUUAAUCCCGACAUUAUUUUGUUGCCCAGAUCCUUCUUUUUAUUGUUAGGUCAGGUGCCCUGUAAAGUUAAUCUUUCCUCCUCUUUUUCCGGGAAGAAGAAUGUCUGGGCUCGGUGUCGGAGAAUGUUUCGGCUGUUUCUGGGUUUUGACUUCUGGCUAAGAACCGUUCUGAGGGAUCGUCUGCGAACUUUUCAGUCGUGGGUUUGAAGAAGGAUGGAGGCAUUUGGGUGGUGAUGUGAUCAAUUCGUGAACUUGGGGGGCGUCUGGAUCAAGAAUCGUGCUCUGAGAGAGAGACAGAGAGAGAGGUAUUUGGGUGGUGAUGUGAUCAAUUCGUGAACUUGGGGGGCGUCUGGAUCAAGAAGCGUGCUCUGAGAGAGAGAGAGAGAGAGAGAGAGAGAGAGAGAGAGCAAUUUGGAGCUUUUUAUUUGGUUGCUAAUCGGGUGGGUGUUCACGAAUUCCUGAUGUGAUUGUCAAGAGGCUCACAUCAAAGCUCAAUUUUGCUUUUCUUGUUUUCAAUCUCUUGUUUUGUGUAAAGUAGUAGGUUGAGCUUCAUUCGCCCAGAAUUAAGGUUGUCCCCAAUCGGAACCAACCCUUUGAUCUCUCGCUUUCUCUCUCGUGGGAAUCACCACCAAGUGAGAUUCUUUCGUUACAACCAAUUCUCGCCUUUGAUUGUGAUCUCUGUGAGAGGCUCUGUCGUUGGUGGUUGUUAGUUUGGUGAAGUUGAAGGGAUUUUUCUUUUUCGCUUUUCUUUAACCCGGUAAGCACGGUUUUCCCAUUUCUCCGAGUACUUUUAACUUUUUAUCAGCUCACUUGUACAGACCAUUUAUGAUCAUCAGACCUCUUUCGGUAGUAUCCUUCUCUAAGUGAAAUUCUUGGUAAAAUCAAGAAAGAGUUCACCCUUAACAAAGACCCUUUGUCUUUGGGGGGUUUGCUCAAUCUAAAACGAUCAUGAGGCUAUUGAACCUCGUGGGCAAUUCCUUUGGAUGCUCGGCAUCGGGGGAACGCCUAGUUUCGGCAGCAAGAGAUGGCGAUCUCCAAGAAGCGAAGGCUCUAUUGGAGUAUAAUCCUCGUCUCGUGAGAUAUUCAACUUUCGGGGUUCGUAAUUCACCUCUCCAUUAUUCUGCAGCCCAAGGCCACCAUGAGAUAGUUUCAUUGCUGCUUGAGUCUGGAGUGGAUAUCAAUCUCAGGAAUUACCGUGGUCAGACUGCUUUGAUGCAAGCUUGUCAGCAUGGCCACUGGGAAGUUGUUCAGACUCUUAUUCUUUUUAAAGCUAAUAUUCACAGAUCAGACUAUCUAAAUGGGGGUACUGCCCUUCACUUGGCUGCUUUGAAUGGCCAUACCCGGUGCAUCCGACUCCUCCUAGCUGAUUAUAUUCCUAGCAAACCUGAUGUGUGGAAUAUUCUAAGAAGAAGAAGCAACAGUGAGGAGCCUAUUGCAGAAUUUGAUGAACGUGCUCUUUCUCAGGUAAUUAACAGACCUUCUGAUGGAGGCAUUACUGCACUUCACAUGGCUGCACUGAAUGGGCAUGUUGAGAGUGUGCAGUUACUCUUGAACCUGGGAGCAUCUGUUUCUGAGGUUACUGUGGAAGAUGGGACUACAAUUGAUCUGAUAGGUGCUGGAAGCACUCCACUUCAUUAUGCUGCUUGUGGUGGAAGUGCGCAGUGUUGUCAGAUUCUGAUUGCCAAUGGUGCAAGUCUGUCUGUCGAAAAUGUCAAUGGGUGGACCCCCUUAAUGGUUGCUCGUUCAUGGCACAGAAAUUGGCUUGAGGAGAUUCUCAGCACACCACCAGAGGGCCGGAUUCGAAUUCUUCCCUCUCCAUAUAUAUCCCUUCCUCUUAUGAGUAUUGUUAGAAUUGCCAGAGAAUGUGGAUGGAGAGGCAGUGACCUAUCGCCGGCAUGCCAAGAUCCGUGUGUUGUUUGUUUAGAAAGGAAAUGCACUGUGGCGGCAAAAGGUUGUGAGCACGAGUUCUGCACAAGAUGUGCCCUAUACCUCUGUUCCACUUCUAGUUCCUCGACGGUUCAUGGUCCUCCUGGCUCUAUUGCAUGCCCUCUUUGUCGGCACGGCAUUGUCUCAUUUGCGAAGCUUCCUGGGACAAGACCAGUGGUUAAUAAGGAGAUUGCACGGACGAGUCUUUCCCUUACGUUCUGCACAUGCUCUGGGGAAGCUUCGGAGACUGCCCCUUUGACAACCCCAUUGUGCAAGCCUGCAUUCCAGUGCACGCGGAUUUCGCCGUUAGGAUCGUCCUUCCGGAGCUUGAGCUGCCAGAAAUUUCCAUCAAUGAAAAUUAACACCAGCCUCUGCAUGGGGACCCCGGACACGAGUCCCUCUCUGGUUCCUUGCAGUGUCAAACGGAACUUGAGGACCCAACUGGUUCGAUGCUCAAGAUCUGGCUUAAGACGGUCGGUGUCUCACUCCGAGAGCAGAGGAUCAUGGUUCUCAGCGCUCAAUCAGUAUGUAACGACGGGAAGCGGAUGCUGAAAGGUGCAUUAUUCUUGUUCUCUCUCCAUGUACAUUUGGAGUAUCAUCACUUUGCCCUUCCAUUCUUUUGUCAUCAUUUUGAUCUGUAUGUAUAGAAUCUGUCGAAAUUUCUGUCCUUUUGGUUUGAUAAUGUUUUACCCAGCAUUCUGGGUACCCCAAGUUUCGAACCCGGGUCUUGUAUAUACUGAAGCCGAUACACUGAUAUCAUGCCUAUAGUAUACCCUUUUUCUCCUCACCCAA